GAACCCUUUCAUGUGCAGCUGAGGCACGCACUUUUGUUCCGUUUUCAAAACUGGGGCCCUGCCAUCCUAUUUACAUCUGUCAACAUUAUGUGACACCCUUGAAUCAUUUCCUUCGUUUACUUUCCCUUUGAAUUCAGAGCAGCGGUUGGCCUACUCGUCUUCUAAACGCCUCACACUUUACGACAAUACCGCCUCGGCUUUGGAAAGGAAGCAGAUAUUCCCCAUGCCCACAUAGAGCUCUCCUCUCCUCUUGCUGCUUUCGUUUGCGCUUCAACUCACCUUUUUUAAUGUGCAUGCUUGCCUUUAAUCUUUCACUAGGUCCUCAACAUGACUGACCUCAAACUCGCGCCUCUUUUGCGAGACACCAAGUGGGCUGAUGGUCUACGGGGAAUGGCGGCCUUCUUCGUCGUAACCUCUCACCUUACCCUCGGAUAUGCGUCUUGGCUGGACCAUCCUACUCGCACCAAGGACACUCGUCCUGCCUUCUACAACCUACCCUUCAUCAGAAUCUUUGCGCAAGGUUCUCCCUGGGUCGUCACCUUCCUCGUUCUCACCGGCUUCGUCAAUGCCCUCAAACCCAUCAAGCAAGGGCGCGCUGGCCGCGUCGAUGCAGCCUUGUCUAGCCUCGCAAGCUCUUGCUUCCGUCGCUCGGCUAGACUAGUGCUCCCUUGCACGGUCGCAACAUUCUUCAGCUGGAUAAUAUGCGAGGCUGGGGGUUACAAGAUCGGAGGGAUGGUGGAGUCUGCUUGGAUGGUCGACACAAGCCCACUGCCAAGCACCUCUAUUCAUGGGGCAAUCUGUAGACUCUUUUCUUCCAUCUAUACCACCUGGGCAACAGGGAGGAAUGUGUUGGACAAAAACCAGUGGGCGAUGACUUUCUUUUUGAAAGGGUCUUUGGCUCUUUACGUGCUGCUCCUAGCAACAGUGCGUGCGACGCCCAGAUACCGGAUGCUCAUCUUCUCUGCCAUGAUCCUAUUUUCCUGGUCAAAGAAGGAUACCCAUAUGGGAUUGCCAGUUUAUAGCGGCGCACUCUUAACCGAGCUAUCCAUGAUACCGGGCAUUAUCAAUUUCUCCGUCAACCGACGCCUGGUCUAUCGCCUCCUACCAUUCUUCGGGGUCUUGCUCGCCUGGUAUCUGAUGAGCUAUCCUGUCAAUAAACCCUCAUGGCAGCCCUGGUCAAACGCACUGUGGACUCUAGGCAAGCUCAUCUUUCCCAAAGGAGCCGAGUACGAGAGCUUCUUCUACACCAUAGCUAUCGUCUUGUUGGUGCUCAGCAUCAUCCUGUCGGCGAAGCUGCAGCAAAUAUUCUCCCACCCGGUUCUUCUCUGGCUCGGCGCCCACAGCUUCCCGAUUUACCUCAUUCAUGGACCGCUGCUUCGUUCCUUUCUGAAUUGGAUUCUAUACGCGUUUGUAGCGCCGACCUUGUACCAAGAAAAGGACGAGAAUGGGAAAGUAGUGAGGGAAUUUGAGAGGUUUCCAAUACCUUCUGCGCCGAAGUUCUUCCUUCUGCUCCCGGUAUUUUUGGCAGUACUAUUCGCGUUGGCGCAUUUGUGGCAGCAGAAAAUCGAACCGCGCUGUGGAUCUGCGACGAAAUGGCUCGAAGAGACUAUCUGCGGUGUCAAAGACGAGCCGGUAGCUGUGUCCCCGAAGAGAGAUGACGACGAGAAGGACGAGGAGAGCAACGCGGCGGCUGUGGCUGGUCAAAGCGUGGAGAUGGAAUCUUUGUUGCCAAGAUGAUAGAUCGUUGAUCGUAGCACUUCAGUGGGAGUUGCGGCAUAGUCACAGCGAGUACUUGUAAAUCUGUAAAUAUGGAAAGGAACCUGUCCAAUUAGCCCAGCAUUAGAUCAAUUAGCAUAUUUGAUUUGUUCAUGAGUGUCG